ACGACCCAUAACACGCGCGGUGAAGCAUCACCGAUCGCAAAAGUGACGAGAUUGGAACGCUGUAUAUAGCAUUGGUGCCAGCGCGCGGUGCCGGCAUCAGACACGCCGCCGUAGGCGUAAACCAAAGGGCAUCAGGAUGACAAGCCUGCUCCUCCUGGUGUGCGCCGCACACGCCUUCGUGCCGUCGCCGCCGACGCGACAGCCACGACGGCGACGCGCGACCCAAACGCACGCCAUCCGGAACUGGUGGAGCGGCGCGUCGAGCGACCGCGACUGGCGCAGCGCCCUCCGCGAGGCGUGCGCCGGCGUGGCCGCGGUGCUGGGCGAAGCGGACGACGACGACGCCGUGCUCGCGCUCUGCUUCGCGUCGCGCGGCCACGCUCCGUACAUCGGUAGUAUCGGCGAGGCCUUCGACGAAGAAGUGGGCGACCGGGCGACGAGCGUCGCAUUGAUCGGCGGCGGCGUCGUCGGCGGCGCGGGCGACGAGCGCGAGGACGGCGCCACGAACGAACAACGGCAAACGGACAAUAGCGAAGCGGCUUCACAUCUAUCAGUCCUCGUCGGCGUGCUGCCGAAGGGGAGCUCCAUUGAGGCGGCCAGUUUCGCGCCGGACAAGACGCCGCCUCCUAAAAACAAGGCGGAGCGCUGGCAGGCCCUGCUCGGCGACGCGCCGCGGGCCUGUCUCGUCUUCGCGGACCCGUCCGCGCGGUGGCUGGGGCGGAGCUGCGGCGCGCUCGACGCGCACUUUCCCGACUGUGUGGUGGGAGGCGGCCUCACCUGCGGAAGCGGCGCGACGAUGGCGCUUGGCGGAGCUCUUUUACCGGCGGGCGCGACGUGCGUCCUGGCGCUGAGCGGGCCCCGGCUCCGCGUCGACUGCGUCGCGUCGCAGGGCUGCGCGCCCGUGGGCGAUGUGUAUGAGGUGACGCGCGCAGCGCGGAGCCAGGUCGUCGCCGAAAUUGACGGGAGGCCGCCGGCCGUAACUCUGGAUAAGGUGAUGCGCGGCGCCACGGACCGCGAGCGCGAGCUGCUGAAGCGGGGCGCGCUUGUUGGUUUAAGGCCGGCCGCGGCGUCGCGGUUGUCGGGUGGCGGCUCCUAUUCCAAAGACGGCGACGAGGAGGCCGCAGACUGGCUCGUGCGCCAGAUCAUCGGCCAGGUCCCGUCCGUGCGCGAGCAGAUGAGCUGGUCGAACCGCAUGUCCGGCAUCCAGUAUACGGCCCGUAGGGUCUCGGACGCCGGUUUAGCGGUAGAUGCCGAGGUAAGGGCGGGCGAUGAAGUUAGAUUCCACGUCCGCGACGCGACGGCCGCGAAAAAUGAUCUGGAUCUGCAGCUGCGGCGCUACGCCCUCGAGCGGGCUUAUACUGGUCAAGCGGGGUCCGUCGACGCGUGCCUCGUGAUCCCCUGCGUCGGGCGCGGCCGAUUAUUGUUCGGGGAAUCUGGUUCUGAUACGCGGACGAUCGGCGCGGCGCUCGGCGGGCAGGCGGCGGUCGGCGGCUUCUUCGCGAACGGGGAACUGGGGCCGGUCGGGGCGGUGGUUGGUAGUGCUUCGGCGCCGGUGUAUCGGAGGAGGACGCACCAGCACGACUACGCGGUCGUGGCGGUGGUGUUCGGGGAGGCGGAUCCCGAGUGA